CAUUUACCAAUUCGACCAACAAGCGAACGGACGCAUUCUUUUUGUACGCCAAGAAAUCAGACUAUUUUUGACGUAUAAUUAUUCCGCGCACUUUUGCUCGUCGAAGCUUUAUAGAACCGUCUGACAGAGCAUCAAUAUUUGUCAAAAACUUCUGACAUCUUGACUUGGUGGCCUAGUGUGUUUUGGAACGAUUUUCGCGUCGUGCUUUUGUUUUGGUAGCUGAAAAGGGGAUUUUUCUCCUUUUUUUCUUCUUGUUAUCGUCGCGAUUGUGGAGAUAUAUUUUGCUUGGGAGGUGUUUUGGUUGUGGUUUAUGAAGGAAUAACGAUCAGGACUUGACAGCUCUUGUGGAAGGUACAAGGGUAGCCCGUAUCCCUCUCUUCUGACCUAAGAGCGUUGUUGGGAAGUCAAGAAGUAGAGACCAAGAUGGCUUCUUCGUCUUUGAUCAUCACCUCCUCUGCAGUACUCUUCCUCCUGACCUUAGCUGUCCUCUUCGCCGCCGUCCCCGCAGAUCACCACACCCCGCGCUACUGCGCCGUCCGCGGGUGCUGCAACGUAACCGGCGCUAUCACGAUCAGCGAAGCGGUCGCCAGGACGGGAAUCGCACGCAACGACAAGUGCCACGCCCCUUAUCCAACCAGCAACCCGACGACGCUGUGCUACUGCGACGGGUUCUGCCAGAGGAACGAUCCUGACUGCUGCCCCGACUUUUAUGAGGUGUGUUUAGGUCAAAUUCCGCCUCCGGAGGUAAUACUGGAUGCUUCAAAAACAGAAACCAUACUACUAUGCUGUCACGAAGGGAAUGAUUACCAAGUAGGGGAAGUUUUAAGGAUUAACUGUAAUACUUGUACAUGUAAACCUGUUCUCUAUGAAUUCGCAACAUUCGUCUGUGAGCAGAGAGAUUGUGCCAUCAAUCCAGAGGCCUUCGGAGAGAUCAACGACGGUAACUUCGGGUGGUCAGCGGGUAACCAGACCGAGUUCUGGGGCGCCUCCAAAGACGACGCGAUGCACUACCGGUUGGGCACCAUGAAGCCCACCGCUGCAGUCCUGACUAUGCACCAGAUUCAGAACGACAUGCCACCGGAAGCAAUUCCCGAGGAGUUUGACGCAAGGGCCCAAUGGCCUGGUCUCGUCGAAGGGGUACAGAACCAAGGCAACUGCGCAAGUUCGUGGGCAAUGUCAACAGCAGCCACUGCGUCAGAUCGCUUAGCCAUCCAGUCUAACGGUACAUUCAAAUACAUGCACCUGUCUCCGCAACAUCUACUCUCGUGUAACGUAAAGAGACAGCAGGGGUGCGCUGGAGGGCAUCUAGACAGGGCCUGGUGGUACAUGAGGAAGAGGGGAAUUGUUACAGAGGACUGCUACCCGUACCUGAGCGGGACAACGUCAGAUAUGCAAAUGAGGAAGGGUAACUGUUACAUCAAAGGUCGUGACCGUGUGCCUCCGUUCUGCCCCAACCCUACGAUAAGAAGCCAAAGAUUCAUGUCCACACCGCCUUACAGGAUAGCACAAGAUGAGCAGCAAAUUCAGGCGGAAAUAUUCACAAACGGGCCUGUACAAGCUGUUUUCAACGUCAAAAGCGAUUUCUUCAUGUAUAAUGGCGGUGUGUACAGGCAUGUCCCGAUGAAAACGACUUCGCCUGCGUCUAAUGUAGUCUUUACCGGAGACCAGACCAACGUGCAGGCCGAUGGGCCGUUGGAGGAUGAGCUAGGGGGAUGGCACUCCGUUCGAAUCUUAGGAUGGGGUGUCGACAGUUCCUAUCCAAAUAGACCACUCAAAUACUGGCUAUGUGCUAAUUCUUGGGGUACCGCAUGGGGCGAGCAGGGUCUAUUCCGAGUCAUCCGCGGCGAGAACGAGUGCGACAUCGAGAAAUUCGUAGUCGGCGUCUGGGCGAAUAUUGAUACGGACAUGAUGAACCCAAUUAAAACAAACAACGUCAUAUAAACAUGUCGACUUAGGGAUUCAAAGAACUCGGAAAAUGAGACAGUUAUGUGAUUUUUUUCAGGCUGACGUAAACUGAGCUGGUAAUGUGAAUUUCAGGCUGAUGUUGUAUUGCAGUUUACGUAUUGAAAUGGCUAUGAUGACGCUGCCCCUCGUCAACGGUGAUAACGAAAGUUACGAUCGGGGAAAAGUUGUAGUCACGUGGGUUCUGACGUAAUCUUCGGACUGACCAAUGAUAUUGCCGGACCCUGAUGAGCAACGUUCGCACGCAGAAAGUGGGUCGCUGAUUGGUUGAUAUCGGUGACAACUAAUGUUACAUAAUAGAAAUGGAUGCGGAAAAACUAAUGCUGCCCACAGUACAACUUAUGCAAAUCAGAGAAGACCAUUGCUGAGGAGGACAUCUAAGAGAAUGAAUAAUGGACAUGAUUGACGAUGGUUAGAAACAUUGGAAGACCUACGUUUUUGACGAGGGGUGCAGGUUUGCGCCUAUGAUACUCCUUAUGUUCUGGCAAUAACAUAUUUGCGGCAUAGGCUAUAUAACAUGUAAGAGAACGACACAAAACACCAUUCUUUAUACUUUUAAUCAAGAGUCAAAGUACACGGUUGUCGUAGCAUGCGUUUCGUCACCGGAGGCGCAAUCUACAUUUUCUUCUUCAAAAUGUUCUUGAAAAAGAAAAACCACUUUUUACUCAGUGAGGUAUGCAAUGUGAAUUACGCAAAUGGCUGCAUUACACAACCAAUCUAUUCCGUAUCCGAUAAAACAAAGGCUUGUUGAUAUGAAAUCUCGAGAAAAUAGAGUUCACAGAGUGAUUGUUCUUAAUUAUUUUGUCCUUCUUUAAAAAAUAUCAGAAAGAUUGCAAAGACGCAAAGUAGGAAGAACUACUGUUGAUGUGGAUCGGGGCCCUGUUUCAUAAAACUUGUUAUCAAUAAUAAAUGGCAAAUUUCUAUGGCACAUUUGCUCUCAGCCAAUCAAAUGCCUCGAUUUCAGUAGCUUAUAACAGUUAUUGUAACUUGUAAUGGAUAUCAAGUUUUAUGAAACAGGCCCCAGUGCUAACUCGGCAGUAGGGCAAACUUCGCCACGCCACGCAAUGCCGAAAGGGCCUCACUGCCGAGUUAGACCGACCCCGGUUGAUGUGACCCUGUUACCAUGGAUACCACAUUUCAGCAUCCCGCAUCAUUAUGGCUAUUAUAGGAUAGGAUAGGUAUAUAUAAAAUUAAAAAAAAAACCUGCUAAAAUUCUGACGCAUUUAUAUAUGUCUUUCUACCAACGUGACUUAGGAGAGUUAUGACUAAAAUUAAACUGUAAAUAUUUUGCUGAAAGAAAAAAAAAAAUGUUUUAUACAGUGGUUUAAAUUACACACUGCGGCAUGUUUUGUCGAUGAUAUUUAUAGAUAGAUAGGCGUUUUUUGUAUGUAAUUUGCGUAUUUAUGUGUUGGUAAGAUGAAUUGUGCUUAAAAUGAUCGUAAAGCCUUUCGAGAAAUCAACCUAAGGCAGUUUCGAUGGCCCCGUAUACGUCCCUUUCUGAAAUGUACGAAUAUUACAAUAAUAUUGAUAAUUACGUAAUCUGAACAAGGUUUCUAUUGGGCAAACGGUAUUGAAAUUGCCGUUGUGUCGAUUACUCGGAAGCCUUUGCGAUCAUGUCUGUUAUCAUUAUUCUUAUAGUUCUGUCUAGAUAUAUUAUACUUAGAUUGGGAAUACGGCAUCAUGAUCAAUAUGACUUUGUGUGGAAACGUUGUUUGUUAAUUUCAUAUAAAAUGAUAAAAUCAUCAAACAUAAUGAAUAUCAAGGCCCCAUUUCCCAAAAAGUUGUCAUCAGUUGUUUUUGUUAUAGAAGCUAGUGAAAUCCUUGCUUCUGCUUGGUUAUCAGCAGAUUUGUCACUGAUUAAAAAAAAAAAAUUGUCAUUGAAAAAGAGGCUUUAUGAAACGGGUCCCAGGUAUUUUACAGGAAUAAAUUGAUAUUCAGGGAACAUAAGGCUGCUCUGUCAUUCUUGUAUAGGCAUCCAAAUCAUCAGACAUACGAACAGAAAUGUAUUUGUUGAUUUCAUUAUAUACUCGUGAUAUCAAGUAUGUUGCAUUACAAAUAAUUGUGAUGUAUUUGACGUUUAUUUAAAUUAAUUAAAUUUCACGACAGUUUUAUCCAUACAUUUUAAUUUUCAGUAGAACAAGUUUAUGAUCACCAUAUUCGCUUGUGCACUUUGAGUAAUGGUAUAAUCUUAUAUUUAUAAUGUAUACAUAAAUAUGCAUAUCUACUGAGUUUCAUUAAAUUGUUAUAAACUAUAUAUUUGUUUCUUAUCAACAAUACAACGUUGAUACUUUAUUUCAAAACAUUAUCAUGGAAGAGAAAAGAUUUUUUUCUUCCAUUUCCCAGAUUUCAGAGGGAAAUUCCUGAGAGAAAAUGACUAUUAUUUUUUAAUAUAACAGACCAUUGCCAACUACCUUUAAUAAAACUGAAAAAAAAUUGAGAUUUUUUAAGAACAACCAAUAAAAAAAAAAAAAAUUAAUUCAUAUCCUUUUAAACUUCAAAAUUGGAAGCUCUUAUUAGGGUUAUCCGAUUUUGUUUGUAAGUGUUAUAUCCGAAUACCAAUUUUAUUUAAGUCCUUUCCCAAGAAAGUUUUAUAGCGAGGUUUUAUAAUAAAGUAUUGAAUAAUAUCGUA